AUGAGAAGAACAACUUAAACUUAAUAACUAACCUUAUUUGAUUAAUUAAUAUCCUAAACAGAUAAAGACACAAAUCUCAAAGAUAAAUAAAUUAAAGUCUCCACAAUUAAUUAAAGCUAAUAAUCAACAUCCCAUACAAAAUCUUUACAUAAUUUAGUAAUUCAUUUUUUAAAAUAUAGCAUAAUAUAUUUUAUUCAAAUACCAUGGAUUAUAAAGAUUAUAAGUAAUCUCUGCGUUAUAAUCAUAAAAAUUUGGAAAAAAUUGUUUUACAGAAUCUUAAAAAUCCUCAUUAGAAAAUAAUCAAAAAUUUAACUAAACAUAAUCUAACUAAUUUAAAAGAACUUACUUUUGAAAACAUUGAAGUUACAGAUUCUUAAUUUUAAAUUUUUUAAUAAAAAGGAGGAUUAUCUAAAUGUUUUUAGAAUUUAAUAAGUCUUACAUUAAAUUGCCCACCUAUAACUUCUCUUUCUAUUGAUUAUUUAUUCCAAGGUAUCUAAAGUAUUUAAUAUUUGGAUUUAAGUCAUACUAAAAUUGAUAAUUAAGGUAUUUAUAAUUUAUCCUAACUCAAAUGGCCAUAUUUGGAAACCUUUAUUAUCUAAUGGUGUAACAAAAUUGACAAUCUAGAUGAAAUAGGAGUGAAUGCUGAAAAUUUUCCAAAUCUUAAAAUUAUUGAUUCUCGUUUUAUUCAAACAGAAAAUUAUGCUUACAAUUCGCUUAUAAAUUCUUCAAUUAGUGUUACAUUAACUCAUUUACGAUUAUUUGGAACUAAUGUUAAUUUAACAACUUCUUGUUGGAAAUCAGCAUAUUUAAUAAAUCUAUUCAUGAAUACAAUGAAAGGUUAUAAUUUUUAAGAAUUUAGAAUUUAAAAUGAUCCUGCUUGUCAUAGAAGUUCUAGUGAUUAUAAAUAACUCAAAGUUAAUACAUGUAAUUAUAAUACUGAACAAUAGUAAUCAGCACCGAAGAUUAAAAAAUACAACUAAAUAUUUCUUGGAAAAUUACUGCACUUUAUGCAUAUUUGCAAUUUGUUGAUACUGCAGAAAAAGUUGAUAAAAAAUUUGCUAAUUUUGGAAAAUUAUUUGAAUUUUUUCAAAAAUAAUGGUAACUUAGAAAGUCUUUGCAAAAUCUUUCAAUCUGUUUUGAUUAAAUAUUAUGUGAUACAAACAACUUUGAUAUAAUCUUAAAAACCAUUGUUGAUUUUAAAGAGCUAAAAAAACUUAAAUUUUAUGUCAGGAACCAAACCCUUCUAAAAGAUCCUAGUUAUUUCUUUUUUUUCAACUAAAUUAGUGAAUUGAAAUAACUAAUGUACCUUUAAGUAAUUUAAUUAAAAUAUCAUAGUUAGAUAUAUAAAAUAAUUAAAUUCUUAUUAAUGAUGUACUUUUAAAUAAAAUUAUCAAAUCUAUCCAAUAGUUAUCAUAUUUGAAUUUAUUGUACUUAAAUUUCAGGCAUAACAAAAUAAAAAAUAUUUCAAAUAUUCAUAACUUUAAUUCUUAAAUUAUAAAAUCUAUUCAUAACCCUUAUUUGAAUCAUAUUUAUUUAAUGGAAACAAAUGGAGAAAAUCUAAAUUAUAGAUUCAAAGAUGCAAUCUCUUUGAUUCAUGGAAGUUCUUCUAAAUUUGUUAACAUAAAUGAAUAUUAAAACCUAAUUGUCUAAUCAGAUGAAAUAAAUUUUAAGGAAAAAUUUUUCAAAUAAUAAACAGAAUUAUUCUAUAAGAAAAAAACGAAACUUAUAAGAUGUUGUGUAUUAAGUGGAUGUCAAUAAUUAAACUAUGAAAAUAGAUUUAGAUAAUAAGUGAUUUAUUAAAUAUUAGAAAUGAUAAUUAAUAAUGAAUGA